AUGGGAGACUGGGUUGAGAAGAUCUCGUAUGUUCCCGAUCGAGCCAAAUAUGAAGCUCAACAAGCGAUAUUCAAGGAUAGAGCCGCGGAAGCGUCCCUUCCUGAGGGAUUCCCCGCUCGAUUGUCCUCGGAAAUGGUCUGGGACAGCGACAGUAUCUCCCUUGAUGAGCGUUGUUUCGUGAACGAUGAGAGAUGUGUCCUGCAUUUGAGCAAAGAGCAGCUGGGUGAGAUUCAUGACGCCCUACAGACUUUCAAAUCUCUCAACAAGCCUCUCGGAUCACUUGAUCCAACCACCUUCCCCCUUCCAUCUCUCCACCCUAUCCUUCGGGAUAUAUCAAACAACAUCCAUCGGGGAACAGGGUUCUCACUGGUGCGCGGCAUCCCGGUAGAUCAGUAUUCUCGCGAGGACAACGUAAUCAUCUACGUUGGUCUCUCAUCGCACAUAGGCUGUAUCCGUGGCCGCCAGGAUCACCAAAACAACAGCGUCCCAGCGGAUGUCAUGAUUGCGCACAUCAUGGACUUUAGUUCCUCUGCGGACUCACGUUCCGUAACGCUCCCGGCGUACACCGAUGGCGAGGUGAUCUUCCACACCGACACCGGGGACAUCGUCUCACUGUUUGUGUUGGAAGAGCCCGCACAUGGCGGGGAGAGUCUGCUUGCCAGCGGCUGGCGAGUGUAUAACGAGCUGGCGAAAACGAGACCGGACUUGGUUGAGGCGCUAGCGAGCGACUGGCCUAUUCCCAGUUCCAAGAAGGAGGGUCUCAUCAUACGCCGGCCGCUGAUUUUCCCUCUGAACCCAUCCGCUACAGCACCAGAUGGAAUCCUAAUCCAUUUCUCCCGGCGGUCGUUUUCAGGUUUCGGAGCGUGGUCACAUUCGAAUGCGCUGUCCGUCAAGCAAGCCGAAGCUCUGGACGCGCUCCAUUUCCUGGCCGAACGCUUCCACGUAGCCAUGGAGCUUCGCAAGGGCGAUAUGCAGUUCCUCAAUAAUCUGAGCAUUUUACAUGCGCGGAGGAGCUAUCCGGACAUUCCUGGGCAGCGACGACAUCUCCUCCGGUUGUGGUUGCGCGAUCCCCAAAAUGCUUGGGAAAUACCAGAUGCGCUGCGUCAUAAAUGGGAUAGUUUAUAUGCGGAAGAGGCUUCCCAUGGAGUGCAGGUGUUUCCAUUAGCACCUUCGAUGAGAUCAGCAGGAAAGGCAAACAGCACCUAG